AUGGCGAACCUCACACGGCAUGGUACCUGCAUGUGCAAGGGCGUGGAUUUCGAGGUAAAAGAUGAGCCUGAGAAGGUGUACGCUUGUUAUUGUGGCGAUUGUAAACUGAAUGCUGGUGGUGCUUUUCAAAUCACAGCAGUCUUCAAAAAAGAGCAGGUUAAAGUGCUCUCUGGUGAGGAUAUGAUUGGCAACUGGACUAUCAAGAACACGUCCAGUGGAAAUGAGAAACACAAACGCUUCUGCACUCGUUGCGGAUGCACCCUUUGGACGAUCCCUAUGCUUCGCAAUGGGGACAUAAUCAUAGUUAGGACCUCUUUAUUGGAGAACGGCAAGGGUGCUCGGCAUUUGUUUCUCUAUACAACAGAUAGUGUUUCUGCGUGGUAG